AAAUGAAGAAAUGAUAUUGUAGUCCCACUAUAAUUCAUUGAUUUGGAAAUACAAAAUGGCGAAACUGAAAAAUGUGAUUAAAUUUAUAAAUUAUUUUGAGGAAUGGAAAGACGAAAGUAUAAAUGUGGCAAGUAUUAUAUAUAGACGAUGCGAUGCGGUUUGAGGCACCGAAAAAGGGCUUAAAUUGGUUCCUAAAUACUAGUGCUAUAAGAAUUCCAUAAAGAGAAAGCUGGCGCGGAAAUGGAGGAGAUAACCAUUAAUUACCACCAUGCAUUGCCAUUUCUCUUUUCACUCAUUACUCUUUCUCCCUCGCAUAAAUUAACAUCCCUCAACAACACACAUUCUUAAUCUUACCAAUCAAAAAUGGUGUUCCCAGAUCGGCAGCCAUGGAUCCCCAGUUUCCUCUACGAAAUGCCGCAGGAUCGGCCAUCAACCGGCGGGAGCUUCAUGAUCCCAGCGCCCAACGAGACAAAGAUAGCCAUGUUCUCGCCCCAAUACUACGCCGCAUGCACCGCCGGUGGAAUUUUCAGCUGCGGCCUCACUCACAUGGCCGUCACCCCACUCGAUCUCGUCAAGUGCAACAUGCAGAUAAAUCCUGCAAAAUACAAGAGCAUAGGUUCAGGUUUUGGAGUUCUCCUAAGGGAGCAAGGAGUGAAAGGUUUCUUCAGGGGCUGGGUGCCCACCCUGCUCGGCUACAGCGCCCAGGGAGCCUGCAAGUUCGGCUUCUACGAGUUCUUCAAGAAGUACUACUCCGACAUGGCUGGCCCCGAGAACGCUGCCAAAUAUAAAACCUUCAUCUUUCUCGCUGGCUCCGCCUCCGCUGAAGUCAUCGCUGACAUCGCCCUCUGCCCCUUUGAGGCCGUCAAGGUUCGCGUCCAGACUCAGCCUGGCUUCGCCCGAGGCCUCGCUGAUGGCCUCCCCAAGUUCAUCCGUGCUGAAGGAGCCUCAGGCCUUUACAAGGGGAUUGUUCCGCUCUGGGGGCGCCAGAUUCCAUAUACGAUGAUGAAGUUCUCCACCUUCGAGAACAUUGUUGAGAGCAUCUACAAGAACGCCAUUCCAGUGCCCAAGGACCAGUGCAGCAAGCAGUUGCAGCUCGGAGUCAGCUUCGCUGGCGGAUAUAUUGCAGGAGUAUUCUGUGCUAUUGUUUCACACCCUGCUGACAACUUGGUCUCCUUCCUCAACAAUGCCAAAGGAGCCACAGUAGGCGAUGCUGUCAAUAAGCUUGGCUUAUGGGGUCUGUGCACGCGAGGACUCCCUCUUCGUAUUGUCAUGAUCGGCACCCUCACUGGGGCGCAGUGGGGCAUCUAUGACGCAUUCAAAGUCUUUGUUGGCCUGCCUACCACCGGUGGUGGCAGUCCAGCUCCUGCAAAAAAGUGAGGAGAAAUUAAGUUAGAUGAGAUUACAAAACACAAUUUUUUUCAUCUUGAUUUAUAAUUUUCUGGAGGCACUAGUAGAAGCAGAUAGAUUCUGAAUAAUUAUGGCACUUACCGUUGACAAACAUGAUUCUUGUUGCUUCUGUAAGACCACCAAAAGCCAAUAUUCUGUUGGUAUUCUUGUAUUGAGUUACAUUUUUUAGUUA